UCUGCUCUGUGGGUUUUCUACUGCCAUCCAGACGGAACCUUUGUGAAGUGGCACAGGAGAAGGGGACUCCGGAAAUAUGUCGACGUGAACACUAACAGUUUCCGGUUAUAUAUGUUUUGAAAUUUUUGAAAGCUGGAGUGAGGAAUUGGCAGACAUGUCCACGCUGUUCCCCUCUCUCUUCCCGCGGAUAACGGAGUCCUUGUGGUUCAACUUGGACCGACCCUGUGUGGACGAGACCGAACUGCACCAACAGGAGCAACAGCACCAAACCUGGCUGCAGAGCAUUGCUGAGAAAGACAACAACCUGAUGCCCAUCGGGAAACCCAUUUUUGAGGCAGGAUAUGAAGAAGAGGAAGAGGAGGAUGAUGAAGAUGAGGAAGACAGCGAGGAAGACUCUGAAGAUGAAGAAGACAUGCAGGAUAUGGAUGAAAUGAAUGACUACAACGAGUCACCUGAUGAUGGCGAAAUCAAUGAGGUGGACAUGGAGGGACCGGAUCAAGAUCAAGACCAAUGGAUGAUUUAAGAUAAAAAAAAAACUGUGUUAGUCUCCAUCACGCUGUCUGGCGCUGGAUUUUCAGUCCCCACUUAACAAUGACUGCUGACCUUUUAGUGGAUACACGGAUACAUUUUAUUAAAUUGUUUUGUAAACAUGAAAAGAA